AUGGAACUGGUGGGACAGUGCUUUCAGGUGUGUGUUUACGCACCGAUUGACCUGGUGAAGGUGCGUCUGCAGGGUCAAACAACAGUUCAAAGAUACCGUGGACCUGUUCAUUGUGUCGCCGUCAUCCUGAAUGAGGAAGGACCCAAGGGUCUGUUCAGGGGAGGGCUGGCCAUCGCCCUGAGGGACAUACCCUGCUAUGGACUCUACUUUCUGCCCUACGAAGUCACUCGAAAGGCUCUGACCAAGAGCGGCAAAGAGCCAGGUACGUUUGCGAUAAUGAUGGCAGGGGGCAUGGCGGGCGUGGUGACCUGGGCCUUCGCCACGCCCAUGGAUGUGGUGAAAGCCCGGCUCCAGAUGUCGGGGGCCGGCGGCAGGGAGUACACAGGGGUCCUCCACUGCGUGAGAGUGAGCUAUAGAGAGGAGGGAGCGAGGGUCUUCUUCAAAGGCCUUCUACUGAACAGCCUGAGGGCUUUCCCUGUCAACGCCAUCACGUUCCUCAGCUACGAGAGUCUGAUGAGGAUGUACUGUCCACCGACGAGAUGACCUCACUCUCGACGGGUGCUCUCCUUGCUUGGAGAGCACCCGUCAACUCCUAUGCUUGGGUCAACUCCUAUGAAGCUAGUGUCUGAAACCUGAACAUGAGACAUGAUUUGCUGGUUAAGCUGCUCAUGUUUUUGAAAAACAUGUGACGCCAUAACCUCGUUGGGGACAGAGACUUGUUUUUCACCAUAGGUUUUAUUUUAUUACGAAGCUAUUUAUUCCUCUCAAGUGCACACAUACAGUGAAUUAUUUCAUAAUGAAUAAACAAUACAAAGAAUAUACAUGGUUAUUGGUGACUGGUCCAUGGAGUCAUUCAAGUACAGUUGAAGGCCACACAUCAAUAAACUGUGUAUAUAACUAGGUGGAAGACAAACAUGCAUUCAAAGUCUCCAAAUGUUAAGACUCAACUCAUUGUUGAUUAACAGCCUCAGUGUCAUUUUAAUAUGCUGCUGUCGGUCUGUAUUCAUGGCGUUGUUUGCACGUGGAAAUGAGAUCCAUCAUCUGUUGCUCUCAGGUCAGAUCAUUACCGGUAUUGUUCUGCUGUUCUCAGAGAGCAGAUGUUGUCUCCGGGGUUCAUUCAGUCUCUGCCCUGUAUCGUAUCAUCCAUGUAGUGUUUUUUGCAGUUGUUGCAUGUGAUGUGAAACUUCACUCCAGAUGUUUUGGUCAGGAUAGGGGUCCUGAUUUCCCCAGACCAGUUUGCACCAGCAGUUCAGUCUCCUUGUGAUUUGAAGUGUCGAGUUGGCAGUAGCCGUUCUGAUCUUAGAAGUGGGCCCGGGGUUGGGUGGACCUGGAGUUAAAGCUGCUAUAGUUUACAGCAUUACAUUAACAAGAGAUCAAACGACUUUGGGUUAUGUGAUAAAGGGUCACUCGUAGUGACAAAGUCUGAAAAAUAGAAAAAACCUCAACCGAUUCUGCAGUUCCCCUCAGCUCUACAGCCCUUCAACAGUAAACGCAGUAAGCAACUAGUUAGUGAGAGUACUGAGACUUUAGGCAGAGAGUAAAAUAUUGGACUUGCAUUCGCCUGGAGACCAAUAACAUGACUAACUGAACCUCAGUGCUUCUCCAGGUGGUAAUAUGUCAGUGUUUUGCAUUUACAGCUACCUCUAGUGGUCAUUGCGGGUUUAAGAGUGGUGAGUGAAAACACAAUUUCCAAGUUGAAGAAUGAAUGAAAAUGUAUAGUUUACAUCUGCAAACAUAGAAUAAAUUGGAUGUAUGAUCGAUAGUUAUAAUUAGAAUACUAGUGUGUAUCUAAAUCAACAAUGCAACUAGAGAUCGCUGAAAUUGAAAAUACAAAACAAAUGUUUACACAAUAUGCUGUAGAGAAAACAUUUCAUUUAAUUGUCUGCAGUGUCCAUCAAAAAUAGAAUUACAUCCUCACUAACGAGUUACAUUAGUUCAUAUUUUUUUACAUAAUUAAUUUGCACAUUCCAAAUAAACUGCUCUCUUCUACCUUUCCCCACUUCUGAACUUUUAAAUGAUACAAAUACACACAAAAAAAAAAAUCUGUGUUUUUUGGACUUUUCUCUUGAGGCUGCAUUAAAAAAAAAUUAAAAUGGAAGAGAAGAUGUAAAACAUAUGUUCGUGGGGUAUCAAUAUGAAAUCGAAGCCCAGGCUUGAGUUGUAUAAGCCCUUUUCCAAGAAACUAAUUCUCAAAACAAUAACAGUAAUUUUUGUUUUUAGUUUAAAAAAACAAAAUGUGUUCAAGUCAGACAACUCAUAUGUUCACAUUCAAAACAGAUGCCUAAGUAUGAGCACAGCACAAAAGGAGAAAAGAUUGCUUCUCAAGGCACAAAACUGCAGCAAAAGUAGAACAUUACUAAAAUGCUCAAGUUGAUGCGAUUGUCAGACUGACGAGAUUAACACAGAUUGGUCCAAUCAGACGCCUGAUGGAUUUAGUUAGUUACUAGCGGAGCACAUUGUGGAGAGAAACCUGGACGCACACACACCAGUAGAGCAGGAGACUUGAGGCAGUAUGACCGAAACAGUCGGGUCAGAAUGAGAUUCAUAUGAGCAUUAGAUCAUUGGCACCAUGCGACUGUUUUUGGCAAAGUGUCAACGUGGAGAAAACACAUGGCGAUUUAAAUUUACCACGGACCUGUUCACGAGCAGCCGAUGUAUGUUUGAAAGUAGCAACAACGACAGGCGAGCUCGCAGAGAUGAUGCUCUUCAUGAGUGGUACAGGUUUUACACUGAAUCCUACUGGGAUAAAUGAACAGUGGUUUGAUCCUAGCUUUUUAUGAAAACUGGUAUAUUACAAGUUGGGAUUAUCUUUGUUAUGUUAUUGGUCUGGUUCUUUGAGGUAAUAACGCUGCAAUCAUCUGACUAACAAACAGUUAGUGCAUC